ACUAUGCAGGAUCAUACACGGAAUAUCCUUUUUUGUCUCUCUUUAGCCUUAUACCUCUUAAUUCUUAUCAUUUGGGGGUCUUCCACCACUAGCAGGGUUUUUUUUUUUAAAAAAAAUCAACUACAUAUUUAUUCUGAAAUGUUGUGAACCAUACACAAGAUUACAACAUAUUGUACAAAAAAAUUCGUGCAAUCUAAACUUUUCAUGAGUACAUCCUAUUUAGGAAGAUAACUUUCUAAUUGGGGUAUGUAUCAAAUGGCAAAAAAUACUCCCCCUAUUUUUAAAAAGCCAUACACAUUACGCAACACAACCAAGUGAACCAACCUUCUUCUUCCACACUAAAACCAAUAUUAAAGAAAAAAGAAAAUUAAAAAAAAAAAAUCACAACCAGCUAAACCUAAGCAAUCGUCAUCUUCUCCAAUUUUCGAAUUUCUUCGCUUUUUCUCUCUCCUCCGCUUCUCGCCUUCAUCGUCACUCCGCCCUGCUUUCAUGGCGGUGUUUGCGGUUGUUCAAUGUCGAUAAUCGGACAUUUGUAAAUUUUUAGGGUUUUAUUUGAUUUUUUUGAUUUUCCUGUAAAUUUGAGGUGAAGCUCGAACAGCUUUUUCAAGGGUUUUUGUUUUUUGAUUGCCUAUAAAAAGAAUGAAAUUUGAGGGUUAGGGUUGCUAAUUGAAGGAAAUUGAUAACACACUUGUUUCCCCCAUUAUUCGCUUGGUGGAGAUUGAUUGUUGAUUGGAGUGCUGAUUUUUGUUGAUACACUAAAGAUAAGGAAGCUGUAAUAUCUUACUUUAAACUGGGAUGGAUAUGGAGCUGAAAAGUCCGUCUCUGAAAUCUGGUGGCGUUGUUCCUCCUGACUGUGUCAGUGAUCCAGAUGAGAAGGAAAUUAGUGAUGAUGAUGAUGAUGAUCGCAACCAUAAGCAUCGUAGGCGGGAGACUAGGUCUCAAUCCUUGGAGAGAGAUCUGCUAGAACAACCUUUGUCACAACCGUACAGAAAGCGCAGCAGGACUUUUGAAAAUGGACAGAGUGAUCCCCAAUCUCACUAUGGUUUAGAUAGGGACUUCACAAAAUUUGAAAAGAGACGGCCUCCUGGAGUAAAUUUCUCCCGGUUCCCUAGUGAGUAUGGUUCUGGCAGAGGAAGGGGUAGAGAUUUCCAACGUGAUUCACGGUUUGGCACUGUAGAUCUUGCUUCCCAAAUGGCUCACCCAGGCUCUAUUCAAUCAGCUAUGUUCACAGGAAGAGGGUUGCCUAAUGUUCCAAGUGCACAAAGUGCAUCCUGGAAUGGCUUUGGGCUACUUCCUGCAAUCCCAAAUGGGGCAAUAGAUGCAAUCAAUCCACUCGGGCUGCCAGGAAUCCUCAGACCACCGUUGAACUCUUCACUCAACAUGGGAAUUCAGCGUCAACGCUGUAGAGACUUUGAGGAGCGUGGUUUUUGUUUGAGAGGUGAUAUGUGUCCAAUGGAGCAUGGUGUCAAUCGAAUUGUUGUUGAAGAUGUGCAGAGCUUGUCACAGUUUAACCUCCCAGUGUCACUCUCAAGUGCACAUGUGCUGGGUACAUCAGCUGGAAGUGGGUUUAUGCCUUCAGUUGGUGUUUCUUCAGGUACUAUGAUGAACAGCCGAGGUAUACACAAUAAAACAAGCAAGUCUGCUUUUGAUGAUGAGAGCUUGGCCAGUGCUGCUAAUGCUGGUGGAGCUGAUGUGUAUGACCCUGAUCAGCCUUUGUGGAAUAAUGAUAGUAAUGAAACAUCAACUCCACUUAGAUUGCAACCACCCAACUUUGAUGAAUCUGAACCCUUUAUGGAUGCAGACCUUACUGAUCGUGUAAUCCGCAGUAGUGGGGCAGGUAUUUGUUCACAAAGCACCAGUGCAACUGUUUGGGGGCGACUUAAUAAUUCAAAGAAUAAGCUGGAGCUUAAAGAGAAAUUUGACUUUAGGACAAAGCCAUCAGAAUAUCCUGAAAGUAAAUCAAAAGAGAUCCGUGAGGCAUCAAUCAGCGUGCAAGGGACUUCUCAUUUAGGAAAGCAAAACAAUGGAGGACCUUUUGGCAUGAAAGUUGUUGGUUCAACUUCCAAGAUGCAAAUUGAUGCCAGGGCUAAUUCUAGAAAACCAUCUCAAAAGGCCCAACGUACUCUAUUUGUCAAUUGUAUUCCCCUGAAAGACAACAAGAGAGAAAACCUUCUCUCCCAUUUUAGAAAAUUUGGAGAAGUAAUUGAUAUUUACAUUCCAGCAAAUAGUGAACGCGCUUUUGUGCAAUUUUCUAAAAGGGAAGAGGCAGAGAGAGCGUUGAAGGCACCUGAUGCUGUGAUGGGCAGCCGGUUUAUUAAGUUAUGGUGGGCAAAUAGAGAUAGCAUAGCUGAUGAGGGUACAAACAGUGCUAACACUGUGAUGACGCCUCAGGCUGUGCCAGCUGCUUCAGGAUCUCAUCUGUCUGCUUUGAAUAAAGGAAAAGAUAAUGUCCAACAUGCUGCUAUAAAAGUAGGUGUGACUAAACCACCAGCUAGCCUUGCGACCGUUGGCCAUGACUAUAAACCAACUGCUGCAAACAGUCCUAAGAUGACACCACCAGUGCAGAAAAAGAUGGAAAAUUUGGAGGUUAUGAGGGAGGAGCUACGUAAAAAACAGGAGAUGCUGGAACAGAGGAGGAAUGAAUUUCGCAGACAGUUGGAAAAACUUGCUAAACAAGCUACAGGAGUCAAGGGUGAAGUAUCAACUGAGCAAGCAUCGAAGGAGCAACCAGUUGACACAGUGACCGAUUUGGUGAAAACUGCAAACACAAAGUCAGCUGAUGCUAAUGUUUCUGGACCAUUAUUGAAGGAUGAGGUAUCAACAGAUAAGAUGGUUAAUACUGAAAACAUUACAUCUCAGAGAUCCAGAACAAAUUCAGCUAAUGCCCUGGAUCCUUCAACCUUGAAGAAUGCAGUUCGUCCAAUGGCAACUUCUGCAAUUCCUUUUCCUUUGAAUAGAUAUAAAUUGGAUAACCGGCCUACAACAUUUAGAAUCAAUGCACCUUUACCAUUCGGUUUGGCAAAUGUGGUUGCUUUAAGGGAUCAUUUUUCAACAUACGGUGCUGUAUCUAAUGUGGAGAUUGAAGACUCUGGUGAGGAAGAGAUUCCUAAAGAUGGUGAUUCUGAGGCAAUGAAGCACUGCUCUGCUCGUGUAAGCUUUGCGACCCGUCAGUCAGCUGAAAGGGCAUUCCUGAAUGGUAAAUCUUGGGAUGGAUGCAAUUUACAGUUCUCAUGGAUAACUUCAAGUAUUCCUAGUACUAGUCGAAGUAGUGGGGAAAGUUCCUCGGCCCUCAGAGGUAUUCUAAAUGUUGAAGUUCAGUCUGAGGAUAAAACAAAGCUUGAUAAUUCUCAGUCUGCAUUGGGCCACAAAGAGAGUAAUUCAUCUCCUUGUAAGUCAUCAAAUGAACUUUCUGGUGAUAGCUCCAGGUCUAAUGGCAAAGUAAGUUCUCCAGCAGCUACUGUUGAAAGGGAUUUCAUUUUUGAAGUUCAGUCUCCCGAUAAAUCAGCAAACUAUAUUCCCCUAGAAACUCUUGAAGUGCAAGAGGAAGAAAACGGAGGUUUUGAAGUGCAAGAGGAAGAAGAUAGCUUCAUUGAGGUGGAUGAAGAUUUGAGAGUCAGUCCAAAACUACUUGCCGAAGAAAGACUUGCCUGAAGGUAAAACUUGUCCAGGGAUGUCAAAAUUUUGAGACUUUGUACAGCCAGGUAAACUGUAAAAUCUAUUGAAUUUUCGUCUAUAAAAAUUCAACCACCUUUCUUUAAGAAACAAUGUAGUUUUGAGUUCGCCACUUGAGGAUUGGUUAAUUGAGUUCUCAGUCCUCUUUUCCUCUUUUGUACUUCCAUAGUAUUUAAACAUUUAUACUGUUCCACAAACAGAAGAUAAAUUGCAUUGUUUAUCUCUUUUAGGAAGUAAUUCAUGGUAGUUUAUGUAUAUCAAUUGAAAUGUAUAAUUCCUUUUUA